UUGGCUAGUCCCUGUCGACAAGAAAAAUAUGAUCGCGCCGCGUUUCUAUUUCGGCACGCACCCCGACCCAGAGAAAGACGGACAUACACACGGGUGAAGAAAACGAUGUAAAUCAGCGGUAUUGUUGUACCGCAAACACAUUUGCCAGAAUUAAAGUAUUAUUUGUAAGAAAAUGAGAUAGCCGUUGUUAGUUCGAAGUGGGUGGUGCUAGCAGCCUAGUGUACAGCAGUUGCAACGAGACAGGGUGCAGUGCACACCUCCCCCACAAGUCUAGCCGCUGUCACUUCCAUUUCACCCCGGUGUUUCCGUUCGAUAGGCAGUGCGCGCUGACCAUUUGGCAAUCUGUUGUCGGCACUAAAUAAACUGGUUGUGAUCGAUGGCGAAACCAGAACCAGCCCAGCAACAUGUGGAGGAGAAAGCGGAGCAGAUUGACGACGCAGAGUUGGCAUUUAAAGGAAUAAACAUGCUGCUCAACAACGGAUUCAAGGAGAGCGACGAUCUGUUCCGAAAAUACAGGACCCACAGUCCACUGAUGAGUUUCGGAGCCAGUUUUGUCAGCUUCCUGAGAAAGGCCCUGACUGACUGGUACUGUGAUUGCGGCUGUGUGUAGAAUGCCAUGAUGACGUUUGAGGAGGAGAAGAUGCAGAUGGCCUUUGAUGACCUCCGAGCCACUGAGAGACUGUGUGAGAGCGACAACACUGGGGUCAUAGAGACCAUCAAAAAAAAGAUCAGGAGGAGUGACUCCCAGAGGUCAGGGGGGGCAAUAGUAGACCGCCUCCAGAGACAGAUCAUUGUGGCAGACUGCCAGGUGUACCUCGCUGUCCUCUCUUUCAUCAAACAGGAACUCUCAUCAUACAUCAGAGGAGGCUGGAUCCUCCGCAAAGCCUGGAAGAUGUACAACAAGUGUUAUAGCGACAUCAACCAGCUGCAGGAUUGCAGCAAGAGGAGGUCCUCCGACCAGCAAGGGUCUCCCUCUCCAUCCACUGAACAGGCCAACCGCAACCAGGCCACGCCCCCAACCCAGAGGACCCUUGGGGUGAGCCCGGAGGCCCUGGAGAGGCUCAAGGGCUCGGUCAGUUUUGGCUACGGCCUGUUCCACCUGUGCAUCUCCAUGGUACCGCCACACCUGCUGAAGAUUGUCAACCUUCUGGGUUUCCCUGGCGACCGUCACCAGGGGCUGUCCGCCCUUACGUAUGCCAGUGAAAGUAAGGACAUGAAGGCCCCUCUAGCUACGUUGGCCCUCUUGUGGUACUAUACGGUAGUGCAACCCUUUUUUGCCCUGGACGGCUCAGACACACAGGCCGGCCUGAUGGAGGCUAAGGCUAUCCUCCAGAGGAAGGAGCCUGUAUACCCUAACUCCUCCCUCUUCUUGUUCUUCAAGGGCAGGGUGCAGCGCCUGGAGUGCCAGAUCAACAGUGCCUUGAUGUCCUUCCAAAAUGCCUUGGAGCUGGCUACAGACCAGAGGGAAAUCCAGCAUGUGUGUUUGUAUGAAAUAGGGUGGUGCAGUAUGAUUGAGCUGAGGUACAGUGACGCCUACAGGGCCUUUCAGCGUCUGGCGACUGAGUCACGCUGGUCCCAGUGCUACUACGCCUACCUAACUGGAGUGUCCCAGGGAGCAUCAGGAGAUCUGGAGGGGGCUGCCGCUGUCUUCAAGGAUGUGCAUACGCUUCUGAAACGGAAGAACAAUCAGAUAGAACAGUUCUCUAUAAAGAGGGCGGAGAGGCUAAGGAAACACACCCCAUCCAGAGAGCUGUGUGUCCUGGCUGUGAUCGAGGUACUUUACCUGUGGAAGGCUCUGCCGAACUGCUGCACUUCUAAGCUACAGAUCAUGAGCCAAGUUCUGCAGGAAAUAGAUGACGUCUCAAUUGCUGGCCUGAAAAACCUGCUUCUUGGUGACAUACACAGAUGUCUCGGCAACAUAAAAGACGCUAUUGAGUGCUUCCAUCUGGCUGCCGGAGAUGAGGUGGGUCGUCAGAACAACUCCUAUGUGCAGCCCUACUCCUGCUACGAGUUGGGCUGUGUUUUACUGGACAGCCCUGAGUCUGAAGUGAAGGGCAGAGCUCUGAUGCUUCAGGCCAAGGAUGACUUUUCUGGCUAUGACUUUGAGAACAGGCUCCAUGUACGCAUCCACUCAGCUCUGGCUUCCAUGAGGAAGGAGGUGGCCCCACCCUGACUACUGCCCCAUUCCUCCACCAUACAUCCACCCUAGCUCUGCGUUGAGGGUAGAAGGAUCUGGAAACGACUCCAGAAGCCAUCUUGAUCUUCACAGCACUGUGAUUGUUCACUGCAAUGUGUUUGUUUCAGUUGACUUAUGUUUGUAUAAUGAAUGUGCCAUCAAGUUUGUAAUGCGUAGUUUACAGUAAAUCUCCUGGAGGGAUAGUGUAGACUACUGGAGUGUAAUUGUGUGUUUCAACCAGAUCAAAUAUGUACAGUAGUUGCUGCUGGGAGGCAAAUGUAACUCUUUUACCAAGGAAAAAUAUAUUGGGGAAAAAUCGGUCAGUGGGGCGGAAGUUAGUCUAAUGGUUAAGAGCGUUGGGACAGUAACUGAAAGGUUGCUGGUUCAAAUCCCUGAGCCGACUAGGUGAAACAUCAGUCGACAUGCCCUUGAGCAAGGCACUGAACCCAAUUACUCCUGAGUCUGCUAAAUGGCUAAAAUGUGAAUAGUAUAAUAAUAUCUUUCUCUACCAUAAGAUAUGAAAUGGUUCAGAUUGAAAAGUGUGUAUGCCAUUGUGUAUGACACUUCAUUAUAAAGCAGUGAACUUGUGCCAUAGCAACCCUACUGUCUAGGUUUCUGCCAGAUGACCUCAAUGUCCUGUUGAUCUUACAGUAGUAAACAAUCUGAAUGCACAAUCCCUAUGCUACUACUCCUCACCUGGCCUUUGUCACUGUAAAUUGAUGCCAACCCUUUCAUCACCUUAGGUUAUAGACAUUGUGAAUCCAUUAUAGAUGGUAAUAUAAGCAGAUUUCCUCAAACAUGUUACAACAUUGUUACUUAAAAAAAAAUGUUUUUACUGGUUUUAAUAACAAGUGUAUUGAUAUUUAAAGGGAAACCACCUAUUCAUAUCAGUGUAAAUAUGUAACUGUACUUUAAUACUAUAGAUAUGUUACUAGCUAAAUUACAUUGUCCUUUUGACACUCACUUAUGGGUAUAACAUCUACACUGUAGGCCUACUCUGCUGUACUUGUAUUUGCUGGAAACUGGUUUUCCUUUGUUGCUUUGAUUUUUUUAAGUAUAAGAUCAUGUGUUAAAACAAUACAUCUCUUAAAUCUAUGGCCAUUUUAUUUCCAUAAUGUGUUUUAAGAUGCAUGUAGUCUCAUUAUUUAUUUGUAAGGGACAAUGCAUCUCAAUUAACAUUUCUGUAAAUGGCAGAUUUGGCCAGCUGGCUAGUUUUCAUCUGUAGCUUAGUUCUUUGGCAGUUACAUUUUUAUUUAUUUUAUCACUAACAGGCUUUAAAAGACUACAAGCAAUAAAUUCUAAUUAGUUAUAAAAUAAUGAUUGACUGUGGUGUUAAGGCAGCCUUCAGGUGCUUUAUAGUUGAAAGUUAAAUCAACCCUUGCCGAUAGUGAUGAAAAUGUCCAUAUUAUUUGAUGUAGAAGUAUGAUAAAUUGUCAGGUAACCUAUCUGAUAUGCCUCGUUCAAAACAACUGGUAACGCGGAGCUCGGAAAACUGCCAACUUCUAAUUUCAAUUAUUUUCAAGACCACUGUUAACUGUGAAAAAACGAGCUCAGACUGGGGAAAAAUCUAUUUGAACGGUCAUCCAACUUGGAGUUCCAGCUCGGGAAGUCGAGCCUCUUUCUAGAGCUCCGGUUUUACGAUCACUGACAUCAUGAUUUGACCUCGUAUUUUUCCGAGUUCCCAGUUGUCAUGAAGGCAGCAAUAGUUGGAUCGCGUGCUGCACAGUAGCAGUCCAAUUUUAGCUAGCCUAGGUGCGCGGGAAAACGUCAUUAUUUCUUGACAAUAAUACACCUGACAUUAUGACGCAAUCAUAAGUGAGCGUGAUGUUAUCUCAAGGGCAGCCAUCUAUUUAGAUAUGUCUAAAUACAUGGCUCUCAUCUUAAAUAGCUUUUCAUUGGUGCUCACUGCGCUAAGGACAACUCUUCAAUUCAAGUCCAACAAGGAAUGCGUUUGACCAGUAAAUAAUAAUUGUAAGUAAAUAAUCCAACAUUUAGAUUUUCACAUUGGCCAUUGGAAGUAGACAAAACAAAUGUUUAAUUUCGUGCAUGAACGCUUGUGUUCAUUAGCAGUUAAAUGCCUCAUCCGCGUAGAGUGUUGAAUAUUCCCACGGGAUUCAAGGAUUUGAUUGAGGGAAUGAGCAAGGCUGUGGUAAAGUAUCAACCGGAAACUAUUCCUGCCUUCACAGCGGUCUUCUAUGCGCUUCUUCUCUGCAGAGACGGUAGGCUAUUCUGUUGUUGAAUUCUAGUAGACCACACUAGACUGAUGCAUGUAGCACUUCGAAACAUUUGAUUAUUGACCUACUCACUUUGCAUUGUUUCACAGAGAAACCAAGCAUGACAAUAAAUGAUCUUAUAAAAGAA